AGGUUUUUAUCACCCACAAAUAUUCAGUAACCCAAGUUCGAACCUGGACCUCUGGCCUAUAUGAGCGAAGCAUGACUGCACACACCUUAAUUAUUGUGUUUGUGUGCCGACGCAGGAUUCUUUGCCAAGAUUGAAUAAAGUCGAAAAAAUGUCUCAUAUUGAAUGCUCUGUAUGUAACAAAACCUUUCAAGAGCCAAAACUUCUUCCGUGCUUCCACACUUUCUGUAAAGUACCCUGCCUCGAGAGACUAGUCGUCCAGGAUUGUCGAGGACAGUCCCUUGCUUGCCCUGUCUGUCAACACCUUGUCCCCUUGCCAAACAGUGGAGUCGCUGGGCUGCAGCCCAACUUAUAUGCUGAGAGUCUUCUAAAAGACCAGCUACAUCUAUUAGUGAGCAAGAAGAGCAAAAAACGCGACUGUGAAAACUGCCAAAAGGUUGCAGCAACGAAGUACUGCCAGCAAUGCAAGAAAUUUAUGUGUGACAAGUGCAUACAAAUGCAUCAGAUGUGGGGAGAUUUCAGUGACCACAAGCUGGCAGAUGCAGACGAUACAAAAAUUGAUCAACAAGUAAAUAAUUGCAAAGAACACCGAGAAAUUGAGGCCGAAUAUUUCUGUGAGACCUGUUCUGACUUGGUUUGUACCAAAUGCACAAAUGAUAUGCACAAAGGCCACAAACAUAACCUUAUUAGUUCAGUUUAUCCCAAGCACAAAUUAGAACUAAUUUCUAGCCUUAAGCCACUCCAAGAAGGCUUACACAUUGUCCAGGAAGCCUUGGUUGCUUCAGAUGAUAUGGUCAAAGCAAUUAACGACCAAAAAACAACUAUCGAAACAGAUAUCAAUAAAGAAAUUGAUCAUCUAAAACAUGUCUUACACCAGCGAGGAGUUGAGCUGUUAGCAAGUGUAAAGUCAUAUGCUGAGCAGAAGUUGCAGAAGAUCGCUAUACACAAAGAUACAAUCAAAAUGACACAAGAAAAGAUGAGCAGAUGUUUAGAGUAUACUGAGGCUGCUCUUAAGGUUGGAACAGAGGGUGAAGUAUUGAGAAUGAAGGCAUCUACACUCAAAGGAAUUGAGGAGAUCACUGCAGAAUUUGAACCGAACGCUACAAAGUUAAGCGCUGAAGCUGAUCUACAGUGGUAUCCAAACAAUCAAGUUACUCAGGCUUGUCGAGAAUUUGGAACUGUAUUUUGCAACUCUAUUGAUGGCGAAGAAAUCUACGAUGAUUUGGAUUUCGAAAUAUCUUCCAAUUCCGCUUACCAGGCAAUGUCAAGAGGCAGUAUAAAGAAACCAAGCCUCCCAACACCAGCUAGUGAGAAGCAAAUUGUUAAUGAAAUGCCUCAUUACAGUGCUGUUAUCCCUUCACUUGAGACAUUUCGUAAACCAGUAAAAGUAAUAAGUGACCUGAGUGGGCCAUUUGGAGUCACAAGCAACAGUCGAAGACAGUUGAUUGUCACCGACAGUAGCAAAAAUCAAGUUCUGAUUAUGACUGCAGAUGGUCAGAAAAUUGCGAGUUUUGGUAAACAAGGUUCAAAGAAAUGCCAGUUUAAACAUCCUUGUGGAUUGACUGUCGAUCAAGAUGACAAUAUAUACGUUGUUGAUACUAACAAUCAUCGUAUACAGAAAUUCUCCCCUGAAGGGAAAUUUCUUGGCGCUGUUGGGAGCCCAGGAAAUAACAAACUUCAAUUUUCCUACCCAAUUGGAAUCUGUUUUAACGAUACCACACGUCAUCUCUAUGUGUGCGAUCAGGCAAAUAAUCGAAUUCAGGUCCUCAGUACAAAUAUGACGUUUGUUAGCAGUUUUGGUAGUCAAGGCAAUGGUGAUGGAGAGCUCAUUUAUCCGAAGAAUGCUGCAUUUGAUAGCUCCAACUUUUUGUAUGUGACAGAUUGCGGUAACAAUCGAGUGCAAGUCUUCACAGCUGAUGGGCAAUAUAUACAAUCGUUUAAUGGCAAAGCAAGUGGUAAAGAGCUUGAAAAACCGUUUGCAAUUACAGUUGAUAGCAGCAACACCAUAUACGUUAGCGAAUUGAAAAGACAUUGUAUCACUAAGUACACAGCACAAGGGAAGUAUGUUUCAUCUUUUGGAAGAAACGGAACCGAAGAGGGUCUAUUUAAGGACAUUGGAUGUUUGUAUGCAUACCAUAGUGCGAUUAUUGCGUCAGACACUUCAAACAAUAGGUUACAGAUUUUUUAAUUAUCGGUGUGUUGUCAAACAAUAGAUUACAAUUAUUGGUGUGUUGGUGUGGUAGAUUUUUGUUUGUUAUUGUCAUUGUCAUUGAGCCCUGUUUUGUGCUCUUUAGGUUGAUUUUGUAGAUCGUAAUCUUGGCUAUAAUUAUUAUACAUCAUUA